CCAUCAAGAUUCUGCUUCGAAUAAGACCGUCAGCCCCCGUUGCCACAAUGUCAGCAUCACUUGCACAAGAAUGCAAUGAGGUGAAGGAACGGUACGAUACUUGCUUCCUUAAGUGGUACAGCGAGAAAUACCUUCGAGGAAAUGGCAAGACGGACGACAAUGAGUGUGCUGGGUUAUUCAAGGACUAUCAAAAGUGCUUGAAGGUGGCUCUUAAGGACCGCGGAAUAGACAAGUUGCUCGAGGAGGCACGGGAGGAUACCAAGGAAAAUGAUGCUAUUCACAUGCAACGGAAAUAAGCUACUCUGCCCAGGCCGUGCCGGAUAUCCGGGCGCUCCAAUGAGACCACAAUCUGGGGAUGGACGAUCAUCACAAGUGAGAGCUCUUUCGGAACACGGCUGAGAUCGAGUAAAAUACGAAAGGGCAUGGAUUUGGCGUUCAGGAUUCUCGUAUUUAGAUCUCUUCUCCAAGCAUACCCCAGCUCAAGCUGAAGAGCCGCCUUCU